GCGCCGCGGAUCUGAGGCGCCCACCCUGCUCCCCAUGUUUGACGCCUCCUGCGCGCCCGGUCCAUGCUCCGACGAUCCGCGGCGCUCGCCGUCGCGUCCGAGGGUGGCGCUUCCUGGGAGCGCUGCUUUAGUCUGUAGGUUUUGAUUUGACUUUGCUGCUCACCUGUGGGAGGAUUUUAUUAGAUUGGAUUGCUCCAGCUUCUCAGCUGGCAUGGACUCCAGGCGGUGCUGCUGGAUGUUGCAUGGGGGCUGGAGCAGACAAGCGCUUGACUGAAGAAUUUGAUUGGUUUGUCGCAUUCCAAUGGCCGGAUGUGUCGGAUUGAGUUAUUGAAGCUGUUUCCGACGCCGUUGCUGCCGAGCUAACUGUCCGGAGAAGUGGGAACGGCCUGAAUUUUGAAGAACGAUCUUGGGGCUGUCUGGAGAAGCUAACUGCUUUGCUGAUGGAGCCUAUUGGCUUAUCUCGCUGGCAGACAAACAGAAGUUUUGGAGUGCCCUGUCACCUCGUGCACGACAUGAGCUGCUCAGACUUGAUAAACAGACACUCAUCGAGCAUGCUCGCAAGAACUUGUACUGUUCAAGGUGCAAUGGGCUGCUUUUGGAAAGUUUUACACAAAUAGUCAUGUAUGGGAAGUCACUGCAUCAAGAAGGUUCGUGUGAGCCAAGGUUUCAGGAAGUUGAAGCAGAAGAAGUUCAGGACCCCUCAGUUCAUCCUUGGGGAGGCCUUUCAACAACAAAGGAUGGCAUCUUAACUCUUCUUGAUUGCUUCAUAAAUGCAAAAUCUCUUCAUGUGGUCCAAAAUGUAUUUGACAGUGCACGUGCAAGGGAACGUGAACGUGAAAUGCUUUACCCUGAUGCAUGUGGUGGCGGUGGCAGAGGAUGGAUUAGCCCAGUGAUACCUAACUAUGGCAGGGGGCAUGGAACACGAGACACAUGUGCUUUGCACACUGCGCGCCUUUCUUGUGAUACUCUGGUGGAUUUUUGGUCGGCACUGGGUGAAGAAACUAGAUCAUCUCUUUUAAGGAUGAAGGAAGAGGACUUCAUUGAAAGACUUAUGCAUAGGUUUGACAGCAAGAGAUUUUGCCGAGACUGCAGAAGGAAUGUUAUUCGCGAAUUCAAAGAGCUCAAGGAAUUAAAGCGCAUGCGAAAGGAACCUCGUUGCACUAGUUGGUUUUGUGUUGCAGAUACAGCAUUUAAGUGUGAGGUGUUUGAAGAUGCUGUUCUUGUUGACUGGCACCAAUCCUUUUUGGAGCAAGGUGAAAUUUACAGUCGUUUUGAGUUGGCUAUUGGAACAGAUGAAGGAAAAUCGGAUAUUCUAAACUUUGAAGAUGUGGGGAUGAAUGGGCAAGUCCACAGAAAAGGCCUUGAUCUUGAUCAGUUUGAAGAUUAUUUUAUUACACUGAAAGCAUGCAGACCGGAUGGGCGUUGUUCAGAAUUAUGUGUGAAGGCUCAUGCCUUGAAGGGUCAAUCAUGUGUUCACCGCAGACUGAUUGUGGGGGAUGGAUUUGUGACAAUUACCAAAGGUGAAAGUAUUAGAAGUUUCUUUGAGCAUGCUGAAGAAGCAGAGGAAGAGGAUGAAGAUGAUGCAAUGGAUAGAGACAGCAAUGACCCUGAUGGUGAUGUUGCUCAUCCACAGAAGCAUGCCAAGAGCCCUGAACUUGCAAGAGAAUUUCUCCUGGAUGCUGCUGCAGUGAUCUUCAAAGAACAGGUCGAGAAGGCUUUCAGAGAAGGCACGGCACGGCAGAAUGCACAUAGUGUUUUUGUGUCCCUUGCACUAAAACUGUUGGAAGAACGAGUUCAUGUUGCUUGCAAAGAAAUAAUUACUUUGGAAAAACAGACCAAACUUCUCGAGGAAGAGGAGAAAGAAAAGCGUGAGGAAGAAGAGCGCAGGGAGAGGAGGAGGACAAAAGAGAGGGAAAAGAAGAACAGAAGAAAAGAAAGGUUGAAAGGGAAGGACAGAGAUAGGGAAAAAAUAGUGGUUCAGUCAAAAGUUUCAGAUGAUACUUCACCAUCAUCUCUGAGCAACCGAGCAGCACCGAGUAACGAGGCACUAAAUAUUCUGGACUUGAGAUAUUCAGAUAGUGAAGAAGAAGAUAAUGCUGUGGCCAGGGAGCACUCCUCUCCUGAUUCCUCUGUUGAUCAGGCUUCAAGCAGGGACAGUGAUGAACGGAGCAAUGAGCAUGAAUGCAAUGCAACGAUAGGUUAUGAUGGCUCAUUCUCAUGUGAGGAGUCUAUAUCAUCAAGAAGAAACCUGAGAUAUAGAAGAGACUUCCCUCAAGAACAAGAUGCCAGUUAUUGGUAUGAAGAUUGCCAAGAUGACUCUGGAGAUAUUCCGCAGCAUUCUAGGGAGAGGAUAAGGAAUAACACUAGAGGCUACAACACUGUAUUUAGUGCAAAUAAUAGAACUAGGGAUAGAUACAAUCCCUGCAGUUGUGGCCAUCAGGAAGAGUACAGAUACUUUUCGAAUACAGCUAGACCAAGCAGAGAUAUGAAGAUGGCCAGGAAAACAGUUGAGAAGCCCAGGUUGCAGUACCGCAGGUGCUAUCCAUUGGAUAGCUUUAUAGUGCCUAAAGGAGGCCGUGUUGGUGGUGCACCAACCAAGAGUGCAGGGCCAAAGCAAGUAUGGGAGCCAAUGGAUGCAAGAAAGAAGGCCAGCUUGGGGAAUGAAAGUAAUACUACUGAGGUUGCGGAUGAUGCUGAUCGGUCAGAUCAAGUGGAAUGCUCAAAGGAUAUCAGUGAAUGUGAAAAGCUUGAGAAAGUGUGUGAACCACUUGCUGAGGUUUGUUCUGAGAGAUCUGAGGUAGUUUGCAAGUCAGGCACAGAUCAGCCAUGCAGAGGUGAGAAGAGUCAGUCUGCUUGUAAUGAUGGACCUCAUGUCAUGGAUAAGCCAGAUAGCUGCUUGACAAAGGACACUGGUAGGACAGCAAACUUAACCAGUUCGGACAGCUCCUCAUGUCUAAGUGAGGGAGACAGAGACAGCAGCAUGAGCAGCAUGACCUCGCUGAGUGCUCAGAAUGCAGAGUCUUCAUCAACAUCUGAUUCAGAAGAUUCUUCAGACAGGAACAAUAGCAGCCCAGGCGAUCCACCAGUGAAGAGUGCUUCUUCCCGUUCAUUGCUUGAGAUGUGUGCAGGAAAUGGUUUCAGGGAGUACCAACCUAAAGGCCUGCAUCCUCCUGAUGGCAACCAGUUUGGGUUCAGGGUUGGCCCUUUCCAGGACCAGAUGUUGCACCAUCAGAAGGCCCAUGCACCACCGUACUCGGCACCAUUCAUGGGGUUCCACGAUCACCCCCUGCCAGUUCCAACAAAUGGGUACUUGUCAUAUCCUCAGCCUGGUCACUUCUUCCCUGGCCCUGUGGCCCCUGUCGGAUAUGGAGUCCCCGGGAACCAAUGUGUGGACUUCCCAAUGCAGUACAGCAAUAACAUUUAUCCAUACUUGGGCCCUGAGUUUGGUUUUCUGCCUUCACCACCAGUUCACAAGACUCCUGUGAGCUUCCAUGCCGUGCCAGUGCCAGUGCCACCACCGACCCCGCAAUGUAGAAGUGGAGUGCCGGUGGUGAUGAAUCAAGAGAGGCAGGAGAGCCAUCCUCUCCUUCCUAAAUUAAACCAGGCAGUGCUGGUGGCCGAGAACGGCUGUGCAGAAGACAACGCCACCAAGCAGAAACAGAAAGAUGAUGACAGCAUGCCGUUCUCCUUGUUCCAGUUCAACCUGCUGAUCGCCCCUCCCGCACCGGCAGCGUCCAAAGAAGAGCAGGUUGGGGGAGCAUUGGCGCCGUCAAGACUGCCGCCGCCGAUAGCUCAGGCCCAGCCAUGCUCAAGGGAGGAGACGAACAUCAAGGAGUACAAACUCUUCUCCGGGUGUAAUGACGGAGUGAUGUUUCGGUUAUAGACAUGAGAAAGAAGUAAGCAGGUAUUCAAUACAGCGAUACAAUGGCCCGUGAUUUGUAUUCCCCGAAAAACAGAAUAAUGUAGCUCGAGGUUUUUACUGUGCUGCCCUCGAAUAUUCAUUUCCCUUUUUUUACCUUUGAAUUUCCUUUUUCCCCAAUUGUGUGUAUGGAAAACUGGAAAGAUAGCGAGUGGUAUAGAUUCUGCAGUUUUGACACAAAGGGUCGGUUAAUCUCUGGAUGAUGUUUUCUCUUGAUGGUGUAGCAGUCUAUAUAGUUUUUCUUUUCU